AUGGGAACUCCUAGCUCCAUCUCUACCAAUAUUCAAACACCAGUAUCUUCUAUCCCUGUUCAGUCUCUAGACCAACCUGCAUUAAUCUCUUUCAAUGCUUCUCAGCUUCCUAUAAAAUUAACCAGCAACAAUCAUUUCUCAUGGAAAGCCCAUAUCGAUGCUUUCUUAUUUGGUGCAACUAAAUUGGUUUCUUGGAUGGAUAAACUUCUGUUGCAUGGUAUUAUCUCCUCUCUUUCUGAUUCGAUUGCUCCAUUUGUGGUGUCAGCCACCACCUCACGAGAAGUAUGGCAAUGUCUUACCAAACUGUUUGCCAAUGCCUCUGCAUCCCAUAUUCUUGGCCUGAAGGAGCAACUCACUGUCAUCAGUCGUGGUACUCUCUUGGUGAACGAGUAUCUUGCUAAAAUCAGAAGUCUUGCUGAUGAAUUUGCCUUAAUUGGAUCUCCCGUUGGAAAUGAUAAUCUAGUUAUUUACUGUCUUAAUUGCAUAGGGCUUGAGUUCAAAGAAAUGUCUGUAGCAGUCCGUGCUCAUGAUGCAAUUAUUACUUUUGAGGAACUCCAUGACAAACUUAUUGAAUAUGACAAUUUCCUUAAACGUGAGGAAGUUAGAUCUAGUUCUAUGCCUCUCACUAUCAAUUCCACUCAUACCUCUAAGUCACGGAAUCAUUUUCACCGACAAAGGAAUGGAUAUCAAAAUUGUGGACCAAAUGGCACUCUCAACAGCUCCUCUUAUGGCUCGAAACCUUCAUCUAAUGGUCAAAAUUAUAGUGGUCCACCAUUUGGAAAACACCCUGUUAUCUGCCAAUUUUGCUCUUAG